UGUCUGAACUAUAGCGAAUCGAUAUACGCUCAAAUAUUGACUUCGCGAUUGCAGUGUAUGGUGUCGCAAGCUCUUCGAUAAUGCGCUGCAUCUGACUUUUCUUCCGUUCGCGAGUGUGUUCUACUAAAUAAAUUCUCAAGGAGUUUUAAACAAGUUUCCUGAGAAUAAUCAUGGGUUUCGUCGGAACGGCAAUUGCUCUGAUUUUCUUAGGUUGUGUGGCUGCCGAACCAACCGUGCCGACCUCCUUCGACAAUCAUGGAGCUCCCCGUUUAGAUUUGGACAGCUUAGAAAGUGGAUAUCAUGGAUUAGUAAAAGAGAAUGAAACGUUGGUAGAGGUAACACCUCAAAUUCGUGCUUUGGGUGCGAAGGUGUGUUCAUUUAAAAUUGCAAAUAAACAUCAUGGAGAGGCACCCUUCGAAAUCGUCCACAAAGAAAAGGGCACUGCCGAAUUACGAGCCUUAAGAGUGCUUAACUGUGAGAAACGGCGAAACUAUAAGUUCGACAUCGCAGCUGUUGGAUGUUCUGGAGCCCAAUCCGAAAAUGCUACAGUCCACAUAACGGUGGUGGAUGUGAAUGAGUAUGCACCGCAAUUUUUACAAGCAGCUUACGUGAGUGCCGUCGACGAAGGUCGCUUAUACGAGGAAGUCGUACGAGUAGAAGCUUCGGACCGAGAUUGUACACCCAAAUUCGGAGAUGUAUGCAAAUACGAAAUUCUAACAGCAGAUCAACCAUUUGCCAUCGAUAAUGAGGGUGCUAUCAGGAACACGGAACCUCUUGAUUACGAAAGAUCCCACAAUUACAUUCUUAGCGUGGUAGCUUAUGAUUGUGGCAUGAAACAGUCUGCACCUGCAAUGGUGACAGUCAAGGUAAAUCGGGUGUGUUCUCCCGGAUGGCGAGGAAUACCUGAAAGGGUAGAUUACGCAGCUGGUGUUGGUACACAACCAUUAUUACCUUCGGCGAAACUCGAACUUUGCGAUGCUCCUUGCAUUUUACGAAAUCUUCGAGCUACCUUGACUCUGGCAACAGAUCAUAUUGGCAAAGGCUGCGAUAGGGACACGUAUGGUGUUCGUAGUCAACGAAAACUUUGCGGAGCAUCAAGAGAUAGUAUCGAUCUUUUGCCUACUCCCAGCAGUACGUCAUUCUGGACUGCAGGACUUUCGAGAGACGAAGGACGAGAAGCUGAUGAAAUAUUUGAAUUUGAUGGAGCUAAUUCUGCUGCCAUCGUUCCUGAUGACAUUCUGGAUCACAAUCUUGCACAGAAGUUCAGUAUUGGUGUUUGGAUCAAGCAUAGACCUCGGCCACGACAAGAUCCUCAUGUUAAAGAACAUAUUCUCUGUGCAGCUGAUGAUCAUA